AAAUUGUAAUCCACACCACUCUUUCGUGAUGACACUGACAUGAGCGUUCGGCUCGGAAGAGCCUCCAAGCCCACGGCUGCCAUGGCCACCACCGUGCUCUCCCUCCCACCAAGCCAAAUCCCCUACAAAAAGUUCUCACCCACUCUACCCGCCACCUCGUCUCCAGACCACACCUCCUUGAAGCAGCUAUGCAAGGAAGGCAACCUGCGGCAAGCCCUUCGACUGCUCACCGCCGGAGCGCCGGGCCGCCCCCCUUCCCAGUACCACUACGGCUUGGUCCUUGACCUCGUCGCGGCCAAGAAGGCGGCCGCGCAGGGCGCCCAGGUCCAUGCGCAUGCCGUGGCCACCGGUUCUUUGGAUGGCGACGACGGGUUCCUCGCGACCAAGCUGCUCUUCAUGUAUGGCAAGUGCGGGCGCGUCGAGGACGCACGCCGCCUGUUCGACGGAAUGUCUGCCCGGACAGUCUUCUCCUGGAACGCCCUUAUCGGGGCGUACCUGUCGUCGGGGAGCGCUAGUGAAGCCUUGGGUGUGUACAGGGGGAUGCGGUGGUCUGCGGCAACGGGGGUGGCGCCUGAUGGGUGCACGCUCGCUUCGGUGCUCAAGGCGUGUGGGAUGGAGGGGCAUGGUCGUUGCGGGCGGGAGGUGCACGGGCUGGCGGUUAAGCACAGGCUUGAUAGCAGCACCCUUGUGGCCAAUGCGCUCAUUGCGAUGUAUGCCAAGUGUGGCAUUCUAGAUUCUGCGUUGCAGGUGUUUGAGCGUCUGCAAGGCGGGAGGGAUGCCGCGUCGUGGAAUUCGGUGAUAUCAGGUUGUCUGCAGAACGGGAUGUUCUUGAAAGCUUUGGACUUGUUUCGAGGGAUGCAGAGGGCUAGUUUAAGUAUGAAUUCUUACACAACCGUUGGGGUGCUACAGAUCUGUACAGAGUUAGCCCAGCUGAAUCUUGGCAGGGAGGUACAUGCUGCAAUUUUGAAGUGUGGCAGUGAGGUUAAUAUCCAGCACAAUGCUUUGCUUGUUAUGUACACAAAAUGUGGCCAUGUGUACAGCGCUCUUAGAGUAUUCCGUGAGAUUAAUGAGAAAGACUACAUUUCAUGGAACUCGAUGCUGUCCUGUUAUGUCCAAAACAGUUUGUAUGCCGAGGCCAUCAAAUUUAUUGCUGAAAUGUUUCAAGGUGGUUUUCAGCCUGACAAUGCUUGUAUUGUGAGCUUGUGUUCUGCAGUGGGCCACUUAGGCUGGUUAAUCAAUGGCAGAGAGGUUCAUGCAUAUGCUAUAAAGAAGUUGCUGGAUACAGAUACGCAGGUUGGAAAUACAUUGAUGGACAUGUACAUGAAGUGUCAGUACACAGAGUACUCUACCCAUGUAUUUGAAAGGAUGAGGAUUAAAGACCACAUAUCAUGGACUACAAUUAUUACUUGUUAUGCUCGGAGUUCCCAGCAUUUUGAGGCACUGGAAAAGUUUAGAGAAGCGCGGAAAGAGGGCAUUAAGGUAGAUCCCAUGAUGAUCGGAAGUAUUAUAGAAGCAUGCAGUGGUUUGAAAACAAGUUUGCUGGCAAAGCAACUGCAUUCGUAUGCUAUUAGAAAUGGUUUGCUUGAUUUGGUACUGAAGAACAGAAUCCUAGAUAUAUAUGGGCAGUGUGGAGAGGUUUACCAUUCACUUAGAAUGUUUGAAACAGUAGAGGAAAAAGACAUUGUCACAUGGACUAGUAUGAUAAACUGUUACGCAAACAGCGGGCUGUUAAAUGAAGCUGUUGCCUUGUUUGCAGAGAUGCAAAAUACAGAUAUUCAACCUGAUUCUGUAGCACUAGUAAGUAUUCUCGGGGCUGUAGCUGAUUUGUCAUCCUUGGCAAAAGGGAAGGAAGUUCAUGGCUUUCUCAUCAGAAGGAAUUUUCUUAUGGAAGGUGCCACGGUUAGUUCCCUGGUAGACAUGUAUUCUGGUUGCGGAAGCAUGAGCAAUGCUCUCAAAGUAUUUAAUGGAGCGAAAUGUAAAGACGUAGUUCUCUGGACAGCGAUGAUUAAUGCAGCUGGGAUGCAUGGUUAUGGCAAGCAAGCUAUAGAUCUUUUCAAGAGAAUGGUAGAAACUGGUGUUGCUCCUGAUCAUGUUUCAUUUCUCGCUCUUCUAUAUGCCUGUAGUCAUUCAAAGCUUGUCGAUGAGGGAAAAUGUUAUCUAGAUAUGAUGGAGACCAUGUACAGGUUAGAACCAUGGCAGGAACACUAUGCUUGUGUGGUUGAUCUUCUUGGCCGCUCAGGCAAGACCGAGGAUGCGUACGAGUUCAUCAAGUCUAUGCCUUUGGAACCAAAAUCGGUGGUGUGGUGCGCACUCCUUGGGGCAUGCCGUAUACACAAGACCCACGAGCUCGCUAUGGUUGCAGCCGAUAAGCUUCUUGAGUUGGAACCAGAUAACCCAGGUAAUUAUGUCCUUGUAUCAAACAUUUUCGCUGAGAUGGGCAAGUGGAGCAAUGCCAAGGAGGUCAAAGCCAAGAUUUCAGAACGUGGGUUGAGGAAAGACCCGGCCUGCAGCUGGAUUGAGAUUGGAAACAACGUCCACACCUUCACCGCAAGGGAUCAUACGCACAGAGACGCAGAGAGAAUCCACCUCAAACUCGCCGAAAUAACAGAAAAACUGAGAAAAGAAGGUGGGUACAUUGAGGAUACAAGGUUUGUUCUGCAUGACGUUAGUGAAGAAGAGAAGGUGGAUGUUCUGCACAGGCACAGCGAGAGGCUCGCGAUCGCAUUCGGUUUGAUCAGCACACACCCAGGUACGCCUCUAAGGAUAACCAAGAACCUCAGAGUUUGUGGCGACUGCCAUGAGUUCACCAAGCUAGCGUCGAAGCUGUUCGAGAGGGAAAUCGUGGUCCGUGACGCCAACAGAUUCCACCAUUUCAGAGCUGGAUCUUGUUCCUGUGGCGACUUCUGGUGAAUGGUUCUCCCUUCAUGAAACUUAGUAGAUGGAUUGUUUGCUCUUGUUCAUAAACACAUGAGAUUUCUAAGACCAGUGUAUCAAGGAGAAGGGCUAGGUAGGGUUCAGAGGUUGGCUGAUAGUGAAUGAAAACACUACUUAAAUUACGAAAUAUACAACCAUGACAUCUUAUCAUUGUUUGUAUAGUCAAACAACGAUGGAGAGGCAACAGUAUUAACAUAGCUUGUAAUGAUUUUCUCCCUUUUCUCUGGAUUGAGUAAGUGAGUUGUCAGCAUCCGAAGACUGACCAAUUUCUGGUAGGCGAUGGUAUUCUUGACUACAGUUCACCUGGGAGUCCAGGAAAUGAUGAUUAUUUAUCUAGUGAUGACGUACUGUCACUAAUUUGUGUA